CCAGAUUGUUGUUGACCCCGUCCAUCAAAGCUUCGCAUUCCACGAUCUGCGAGACCACUCCUCCGCGUUCAAUGCGGCUGUCCCCCGGACCUCCGCUGCAUCCUCGGUGACAAUGGCCGGGCCUUCGCCUUCUCCGCACAAACCAAGGCGCAAGGCCAAGCGGAGCGCCGAUCCGACGAGCAGCUUUGGCAAUUCCGGUUCCGUCCGCCCCGUCGAGACGCUUGUUCGUGCGCCUGCAUUCCCCCUCGCCGCCUUCCUCUGGCCCGCGAGGGGCACCGUGUCGCAAUGGGAGCUACUGCCGCUGAUACUGAUGGCUGCCGGCCUCUUCCGGUGGGCUGCCGGACUGUGGGGUUAUUCAGGCUUCGAGAGACCGCCCAUGUUUGGCGACUACGAGGCCCAAAGACAUUGGAUGGAAGUCACCACGCAGCUUCCCAUCUCGCAGUGGUACUUCCACGACCUGGAGUGGUGGGGCCUCGACUACCCGCCCCUGACAGCCUACCACAGCUGGCUCUGCGGCAAGAUCGGCUCACUUAUCGACCCGUCCUGGUUUGCCCUCUUCUCAUCCCGCGGCUCGCAUGACCCAGCACUCAAGGUGUUUAUGAGGGCCACGGUGAUCGUGUCGGAAUACCUGAUCUAUGUUCCCGCCGUGGUUAUCUUUGUGCGCCGCUACAGCAGACUGAGCGGCCUCACCAACUGGUCUGCCGCGGUCGCCCUGGUCGCUAUCUUGAUGCAGCCAGCCACGAUCCUCAUCGACCAUGUCCACUUCCAGUACAACACCGUGAUGCUCGGGUUCGUCGUGGCAAGCAUGUCCAGCAUGCUCGCCGGCCGCAACCUCUGGGCCGCCGUCUUCUUCGUCGCCGCCCUCGGGUUCAAGCAGAUGGCUCUGUACUACGCCUUCUCGGUGUUCACCUACCUCUUGGGCAACUGCAUAUUUCCGCGCGUCAACAUUCCGCGCUUCGUCGCAAUCGCAGCCGUUACUGCCGCGUCGUUUGCGAUCCUGUUGUUGCCGCUCGUCGUCGGCGCUCUCUACGAUGUGAGGCGCGGGAUCGAUUCGCGCCCGGACAUUGACGGGCCUCGCCCACCGCUUCCGCUAUUCCAGGGACUGGCCGUCUACUUGGACACCGAGGCGUUUUACUACCCAGUCGUCGAGCAGUUGGUCCAGAUGGUGCACCGCAUCUUCCCCUUCGCCCGCGGCCUGUUCGAGGACAAGGUCGCCAACUUCUGGUGCGCCUUGAACGUGGUGAUCAAGCUCAAGAAGUACCCCGCCCCGUUGCUGCAGCGGGGUGCGCUGCUCGCCACGCUGGCCUCCAUCCUUCCUCCGAAUCUCGUGCUGUUCUUGCGACCGAGAAAGGACCUGCUGCCCCUGGCCUUCGCGGCGACGGCGUGGGGAUUCUUCCUGUUCAGCUACCAGGUUCACGAAAAGAGCGUCUUGCUCCCCUUGAUGCCCAUGACUCUGUUGCUGGCAGGGAGCCACGGACUGAGCAAGAGCACUCGUGCCUGGGUUGGCUUUGCUAACAUACUCGGCUGUUGGACCAUGUUCCCCUUGUUGCAGCGCGUGGACCUGGCAAUGCCAUACACGGUCCUGACGCUCCUCUGGGCGUACCUCUUGGGCCUGCCGCCGACUUCGCUAGGCGUCUACUUGCAAGAAACCGGCAAUACUUGGAGCCACUGGGCCACGGUGUUUAUCCACGGCUCGUUUUAUCUCGCAAUGGCGUUUUGGCACGUCUUGGCGCUGGUCCUGUCUCCGCCUCCCGACAAGCCGGAUUUGUGGGUGGUGGCCAACGUGGGCGUUGGGGCUGCUGGCUUCUCCUUGUGCUAUUUGUGGUGUCUAUGGAGGUUGUUGAACGAGAGCGAAAUCCUCCCCAGGUCAUGGUUCAGGAGGAAGGAGAAAGCCAAAGUUCAAUAAGUGGUCGGCCUGGGAGAGCGUAACGAAAAAAUGCAGUCGUGCUUACAGGACAGUUAUAUACCCUGGUUGGAAUAGGAUAUCAGCACAUAUACUGAUUCUCACUUUUUCUGCUUCACUGCCUCUCGGCUGCUUUCCAU